AUGAAUCAUCAGCCUCAUCAUCAUUUCCAUCACGGACAUCAUCAUCAUAGAAAGAAUCAUUCCAUCGAUAUUGACCAAAUCUAUCAAUUAUACGAGUUUCCAUUUGAAGCCAUCUUUGAUGUUCCCGAAGCCAAAGAAGAAUUCAGACAAUACUUGAAAAAAGAACACAAUGAAGAACCGUUUCUCUUUUAUGAAGAUGUUGAAGAAUACAAACGGUUGAAAUUUGAAGAAAACAAAGCAAAGAAAGCCAUCGCUAUCUUCAAGAACUAUAUUUUACCAUACAGUCCACACGAAAUUAACAUUUCCGCUCAGUUCAGACAAAAUGCAGUGAAAAGCUUUGAAAACUCAGGUCAACUGCAAAACGAAAAGUCAGUUCUAGUGCCAGAAACCAUUUUUGAUGAGAUCCAAUCUUCCAUCUUUUACAAUUUGAAAAACGACAAUUAUCCUAGGUUUACCGUAUCUCAACAAUUCAAAAACUUUCUCAAACACAAAGACAUUUCUUUCAUUUCAAUGAUUGCCACCAAAAAAAACAACAAAUAUAUGGACUUUAUUCCCAAGUUUGAUGGUCCAAUAUGUGACAGAGACAUUCAAUUCUUUUCAUUUAUGAGUUUUAAUGAGGAUUUGGAGGUAUGGGACGAAGUAAAGGUAGGAGAGGAUGGAAGAAGAGCCUGUUAUCUCUCUAAAAAAGAAUUUUGUCUCAACGAUCAAAUAGAGUGUGAAGAGCAAAUGACAAGAAAAUUGAUGAAACAAAUCUUCAUUGUUCCAUGCAAGAAAGAGGAAGCUCUCAACGUCUUUGCACAUACGCAUUUGAGGAAAGAAAUAUUAGAUCUUGAGAGUGUCAACCAAGUCGAUUUCAACCCAAUUUCUCCAAAUAACAAGUAUGCUCAAUCCAUACUCCAUAUUCAAAUGCAACUGACAGGUUUCAGUUGGAUUAUGAAACCUCGGGAGACGGUAGCUGCGCUCACCGCCAUUUACGACACCAAAAGACAGGCCUAUGGAAUGAUGCUCAAGUCCACAGAGUCAUUGCUUGUUCCACAUCGAAAGUCACACGUACGAUUUAGAAUUUUAUCGUCAACAUUCCUUCAAGAUUGUCCACUCAAUACACAGAUCACAAAACAAAAGGAAUUGAAGAGAAAAAGCACUUCUCUGAAAAAUAGUGCUAGUGCUAGCUCAUCAUCUAUUGGUUCGUUAGAUGGAAAUCAUCCUUCAAGUUCCUCGAACUCUGGAUCAUUUUCGAGCAAUAUCAGUACAGGCAGAAAAAGUACUGUUACAGAAGAAGAUGAUUCUUCAGAGAGCUCUGACUCAUUUGGCUCCGCUGAUCAUGCAUGCAAAGUCACAAUUGUUUCGUUUGUUGAAUUGAAGGUUCAGUCUGCGUUUCUCAUCAAGAAGGUCCUGAAUACGAAAAAUAAGAAUGGAUAUGCUCGCUUUUUAGCUGCAGUGAAAGACUCAAAAGUCAGAGGAUUCCCAAAACCAAAGUUCUCUGAAGGCCUAUUAGAGACAUUGGAUAGUUUCAAAGAACACUAUGCGGAUGCAGAGAUGACUUGGGAGCUCAAUGCAGAGGAUGAGCUUCACGACAUUGUCACAACCCCAGAAAAGAAUAAAACAGUGUUUUAA